UGAACCUUUUUUCUGAUUUCUCCCUCUCACUCUGAUUCUACUGUUCGUUGCCAAGCGCAUGAGAGCGACAAGACAACAUCUUUGUGUACUAAAACACAACACAAACACUCACCUUAGUUACUUGUCGCUUUUCUUCACUUUGUGUUUUUUUGUCGCGUGCUACAAAUUCUAGCAAGCACGAACGAGGCUGUUUUUGUGCUGCUUCUCUUCUGCUUUUGUUUCCGUUUGUUUGUGCAGGUGGCGAUGGAAAUGGGAGGUUCUGACGUGGCCGAAACGACGACGAAUCAAGGAGAACGGAGUUCGGAGAAGAAGAGUUUGAGAACGGAGGUUGAUACUUCAGCACCCUUUGAAUCGGUGAAGGAUGCGGUCACAAUGUUUGGGGGUAUUGGUUACUGGAAACCCCUCCACAGUAAGAUUAAUACGUGUGUGCCUUCUCAUUCUGAGCAGCAGCACUCAGCAGAGCUCAGCGCUGAAAAACUGGAGGAGCAGGCUUCAGUGUUGGAGAAAGAACUGAUCUUGAAAGAAAGGGAAACUCUUGAUGUGUUGAAAGAAUUGGAAAGUACCAAAAAGCUUGUUGAAGAAUUGAAAUCAAAGAUACAGAAGGAACAGUCUGAAGUGAAUUUGAAUCUUCAGCUUGGGGAAUGUGAUGGAAAAUCAGUUGUUGAAGAGAAUGAAGAAAAGGAAAACCAAAUGAGUCAAUUGAAUGUUUUUCAACCUUCCAACCAAGGUUUUGCUUCCCAUCUUCCAUCUGCGCCGGGUGUAAUAUUACAGGAACUGAAGCAGGCCAAGUUGAAUUUAUCCAGAACUACUGUUGAUCUGGCUGAUGUUCGAACUUCUGUAGAAUCGCUUAAUAAGAAGUUAGAGAAGGAAAGAAUCUCACUUGAGAAAACUCGUGAGAGGUUAGCUCAAAAUACUUCAAAAAUAUCUUCUCUUGAGGAAGAGCUAAACCAUACCAGAUUGAGGCUGCAAGUAGCAAAAGGUGCUGAAAUCAAAGAUGCUUCAGAGGAUCCUUCAGUUAUUACUAGAGAGCUCCAGCGACUGAGUUCUGAGGCUGAGAAUUUCAAAAUAAUGGGAGAAUCUGCAAAAGCAGAAGUUCUGAGAACUAUGUCUGAGAUUGAACAGACAAAAACCAUGAUAAGAACUGCUGAAAUCAGAUUGGUAGCAGCCAGAAAAAUGAAAGAAGCUGCUAGAGCCGCAGAAGCUUUUGCCCUUGCAGAAAUUAACGCAUUGUCUCAUCAUGAAAAUGAGAGUUUACCUGGAAAUCAGAUUACCCUUUCAUUUGAAGAGUACACGGCUCUGAGAUGCAAAGCACGUGAUGCAGAGGAACAAUCUAGGAAGAGAGUUGCAAAUGCAAUGCUUGAAGUUGAUGAAAGAAAUUUGUCAAACAUGGAGAUUUUGAAAAGGGUAGAAGAAGCUGCAGAGGAAGUUAAAACCAGCAAGAAGGCCCUUGAAGAAGCUCUGGAAAGGGUAGAAGCUGCAAAUAGAGACAAGGUAGCGGUUGAAGAGGCUUUAAGGAAUUGGCGUUCGGAGGGUCACAAAAGACGCUCUAUACAAAACUCCACCAAGUUCAAAAACUCUUGUUCGUCUCAUCAUUGGAGAGAUCCUCGGUUACUCGAUGUUAAUGGAUUGCAUCUGGUGAAUGAUGAAGCCAAGCCAGUUCUAAAGUCAACCCUAUCAAUAGGACAAAUACUUAGCCGAAAGCUGCUUCAACCACAAGAGUUUGAAGCCGGAGAAAGAAUCUCAAUGAAACAGAAUGUGUCUCUGGGUCAGAUGCUUGGGAAACAAAACAUUGAUCCACCAAUUGACAACAGACAAGUUGAGAAAGUAACUGGUCGUAAGUUGUUUUCUACCAAGAGAAAUAAAUUUGGAUUUGCACGAUUCUCUCACAUCUUGUCAAAACAGCAGAAGAAUAAGAAGAAGCCAACCCUGAAUUUGAGGUGAUACAUUCAUCGUUUGAAGCCAAAAGCUAGACUCUAGUUGCAUCUUUUAUCAGUGCUUGUCGGAUUUGUAAUGCUUGCUUAAAUAGAAUCUUGUAUUUUAACUGUGUUUAACUAUUUUUAAGGUUGCAAUUCUGCUUGUAUAAUGUGUAUUGACUUGUAGAGAUGAUUCAUAUGAAUUCAUAACCUCUUCAAUCGUGGUGUUGUAA